AUGUGCCGACCUGAGGAAACCCAGCAGCCACCCAAUGGAGGCAACCAAGGAAAUAAUCGUCCUGAUCCCGCGGAAGAACAAGAGGUCGCUCGUGCUCCUACCGGUUCGGGUAUCAUGUCAGUAUUUUACCGUUCUCCGACUGAUUUGUUUGGACGAGAUUCGAUUCCCAGCAUCAUGACAUCAUCAGCAAACUCACAGCAAACCUUAUCCGUUAUGUUUCCUUCUUACAGAUCCUUCACGGCCGAAGCGUUUCAGGCUCUUCAGGCGGGUGUACAAGCCCUUGUUGUUGGGCUUUUUGACAAUCAUGUGGGCAACCAAGGUGAAGGUGAAGGGACCGAUGGCAACACCAACAACACACUCUGAACAUGGAGCAGGAUGAAUGUUGGUUGGGAUUGCAACGGCUAGGCUGUCUAUUUAUUUGACAGACCUUUCUCUGAUGUGAAAUGAAAUUUAUGACGCAAGUUUCUCGGGGCGACUCUCAGGUUGGGACAGUUCUCAGGUUGGGGCCACUAGAUGGGAUAUCCUUGUGCUGCGGCUACUUGUUCAGGUACAUGUAGCCCUAUUUGUUGAAACUCUACAUAACUCCAAUAGCGCAUUUGCACUAUUAUAUCACCAUAUUGUACCAUACCAUAGCUAGCUAGAUGUUCUUCUCAAUCAGAUCCUGCUGCAUCAAUAGCAGCAUGCGUCGCCAGCGUCAUACUUGGAAACGAAUAUUGAGGUAGAUGCGCUACGGGUACAUUGCAUGUACGAGUAGCCAGCUGGGGUACCAUGGUUAGCUAGCUGGCUAGCUGAGAAUACCCAAGCCACUGUCGUCGCUUUGAGCAUCUUUCCUGAACCUCCCUACUCUAAUCCCCCUUUUAAAAAUUCUGAUUCGGAACGAAACA